UUUCUUGGCAGCAGACAGAACCAGCAACGCAAACGCGCGCAACUCUAACGAACUGAUCGAUGCUAAUCAAUAUCGAUUGGCCAAAAGCCAGUGAUUUCGGGAGUGUUAACAAAUUGUGCUUUUAAUUUGCGCCACAGCCCCAAACCAAAAACGAUCAAACCAAAUCAAAAACAUAUACGUGUAGUAGAAACAAAGUGCGAGCCAAGCUUAUACGUGUUGGCUAGAGUGCCGCAAGCGGAAUCCUGCGGCGAGCCCCUAGCAAAUCGUAUCGUAUCGAGCCGAUCGAAAGCCUGACCUCAGCUGAAAAACCAAAGAGUUUUAGGCAAUCGGUUAACUAACAAGCACACCCUAAGCAUUAAACAUGAAUUACCACAAUUCAAGCUCGCGUUUCGACAUGGUCGUCGAAAUCGCCAACAUUGCGUUGGACGAGUUCAAGACGCAUCACAUCUCCCGCAACUACACGGGCCUGCUGCAGCGCUACUAUCAGCUGGUGGAGGAGGAUUACGGCGAUCCGCGGGCCCAGCGCUUUCCACUAAUGGAUCACCCGAUGUACACAUUCGGCCUGGUCCUUAUAUAUCUUUCGUGGGUCUUGGUGGUGGGUCCGAUGUUUAUGCGCGAUCGGAAGCCCUUCCAGCUGCGCCGCACGCUUGUCAUCUACAACGCCUUCCAGGUGGCUCUUAGCGGCUAUAUGUUCUAUGAGCAUCUAAUGGCCGGCUGGCUGAACUACUAUAAUCUGAAGUGCCAACCGGUUGACUACUCGGAUGGUCCGAUGUCUAAGCGGAUGCUGAACCUAUGCUACAUCUACUACCUGUCGAAGCUGACCGAGUUCGCGGACACCGUGUUCUUUGUGCUGCGCAAGAAGUCCUCACAAAUCACUUGGCUGCAUGUCUACCACCACUCCUUGACGCCUCUGGAGACCUGGGUGCUGGUUAAGUUCCUGGCAGGCGGUAAUGCGACGUUCCCCAAUCUGUUGAACAACUUUGUGCAUGUCUGCAUGUAUUUCUACUACAUGAUGGCCGCCAUGGGUCCAGAAUACGCCAAGUUCCUGUGGUGGAAGAAAUACAUGACGGAGCUGCAGAUCGCCCAGUUUGUGCUCUGCAUUGUGCACACGACCCGCGCCCUCUUCAGCAACCAAUGCCAGUUCUCCAAGUUCAUCUCGGCGCUGUUGCUGCUCAAUGCCUCGAUCUUCUUCUGCCUCUUCAUGAACUUCUAUAUGCAGAGCUACAAGAAGUCAAAGGCCCAACAGCUGCAGCAACAGCAGCAGCAACAGUUGCCGGCAGCCGGCGAUGCGAAGACGAAGGCGGACAGCAACAACAAUUGCACCAGCGCCGAAUUGUUGGCGGAUGCGGUGACGCAAAAGCUGAAAGUCAACUAGACGGGAGAGAUCGGAUGGAUCGGAUGGAUGAUGGAUGAUGCAUGGCACUAUGAUGCACCAAAGUCAGCAGAAAGAAAGCAAAAAUACUUCCAGUCCGGCUGCAAGUGCGAAAUUAUUAAACGUAGGAAUUGGUUUUGGUUCUAGCAGGCAACGAAAAAAAUUGGAAGUAGUUUGGUAGAAUGGUAAUAAUUAGAUUUAAAUAAGUUACGCAUAGGCGCCAUAAAUGUUUAGCAAGAGCUGCACACAAUGAAAGGAACGCACUCGGAAUUAGACCUUAAAGUCUAUAAGCCAAGUCGACCACCAACCAACCAACCACAUUGAUUGCACAUUAGAUUUCUGCCAUCUCCCGGCAAGUGGCAAUAUUUCCUCCUCCCCCAAGCUUGCGGUCGAAAUUUUGCUUAAUUGCUGGCAGACAAUGUGCAACAAAUGUUGCCAAAUGUUAACAAAACUCUCUAUGCUUGCAUACGAGUAUGUAAAUGUAUGUAGAACUGGGUCAAUUUUUACGAUCUGCCUAGAUGUAAGUCACUUAGCUUAAGAACCUCGACGCGCACCCGAAUUAAAUUGUUUACUUAGUUCGAUUUCGUUUAAGUGCUAAUUGUAAUGUGUAUAGAUGUUUUGUAAAUAUGUAGAUUUUGUAUUUGUUAAACGUUAAAUGUUAAAUAUCUCUAGCCACUAAGCUUAGUCUAAGCCGACUAGUCUUAGUUACAAAGUGCGUACG